AUGACACAGCCAAUCAUCCCCUUGGAUGAGGUAUUGAGGCAGCUGAACGCAGAGGUCGCCAAACCCAGAUACAACUAUGAUGAUAUGAAUGACGUGGAAGAACACUAUACCCAGGUACCCUCAUCUGAUACUUUCACUCCUGCAGCAUUUGACACCCCCACCCCGCAUCGAUUCCAUUCUGCUCUCAUACCCUCACCCAAUCCCUUCCAGACUUCAUCAUCCUAUGUUCCACUAGUUGGUGUUCCUCCUGCUCGCUCCUAUACAUCGGAACUAGUCUCAACGGACACGCGAGUCUCCAGCUCGACACAACGGCCGCAAAGGUCAGCUCAGCAGCAGCUCACCAAUAUGCCUGAGCUUUCAUCACAGUGGCCUCAGGUUUUCCCGAACGAUCUUGCUCACCCGAUGCAAUGGCGAGAAGACGAUGGUUUUGGAGCGGACCCGGUCACUGAAGAUAACGAUCAGUAUGAUGGGGAUGAGAUGUGGAAGGACGAAGAUGCUUUGGCUGCUGUAGAUGCUGCUAGCAAGCCCACUCAACGAGAACUUUCCAGCAGUCCCAAUGCAGCUGACGACGAUGAGCCUGUUGCAACUAUCGAAGUUCUGAAUCGUCGCAAAGCCCAAGACAAAGACCUCAAAGAGAGACGACGUGAAUAUGUGACUCGAACCGGCACAGAGAAGCCCGUCACUGAUGUUCCCGCACCGCAUUGCAAGCUGUUCGAGUUUGCCACUUUCAACACAAUGCAGACAAAGGUCUUCGAUUCUGUGUAUAAUGGUGACGAUAACCUAGUCAUUGCUGCGCCUACCAGUUCCGGGAAGACCACAGUGUUCGAUCUCGCCUUCCUCCGCAUGAUGAGUCAAGAAACAUUUGGGAUGACACCCAUGGCAGUAUAUCUGGCCCCUACGAAAGCACUUUGCUCUGAAAGGAUGAGUGAUUGGAGUAGGCGGUUUCAGUCUGUCCAAUUGGGGUGGCUCUGUAAUGAGGUCACUGGAGACACCGGGUCAUACAACGAGAUAACCACCGCUUUGAGGACGGCAAACCUUAUAGUUACAACUCCCGAAAAGUGGGACUCACUAACCCGACGCCGCUCCCAGAGUCAUCACCUUCUCCGUCGUCUGGCCUUGGUGAUGAUAGACGAGGUGCACUUCUUGCACGAGACCCGGGGAGCGACACUAGAAGUACUUGUCUCACGAAUCAAAACCAGAGCAGACAACGUUCGAUUUAUCGCUCUAAGUGCCACAGUGCCCAACGUUGAUGAUGUGGCUAGGUGGAUUGGAGCUGCAACGAACACUACUAUCACCACACCAUACCUCACUGAUCGUGAUGGUGAUGAUAGAGAUGAGGCCCCUGACUCUGCCACCGGAGUUGAGAAACUCUCUAUGGCCAAAGUAUUCAAAUUCGGAGAGGAGACCCGUCCAGUGCCUCUGACACGCCAUUUUUAUGGCUACGAGGGAGGUAACGAAUGGGCUCUGAGCCCUCAACUUGACAAAUCUCUUUUCCCCAUACUACUCAAGCACUGUGAUGCCAAACCCGCUUUGGUCUUCUGCCCCACUCGUCGAUCGUGUUUGACAACCGCUCAAUAUGUCCAUAAGAUCUACACAGAGGCACGCGUCAAAUAUCAGCCUCUUCCCUGGAGACCUCCUGGAUCUAAGCUGGUUUUGAAAGACACACAAGUCGCCGCACUCACUGAUUGUGGUAUUGCAGUCCACCACGCGGGGCUUGAUUAUACCGACAGGCGGGACAUCGAGAAUGCUUUCAAGGAGCAAAAACUGCAUCUCAUCGUUUGCACCUCGACUUUGGCCGUUGGAGUCAAUCUACCUGCUCACACCGUGGUUAUCAAAGGUACUCAGACAUGGCAGGGAGGAGCGACGGGUUUUAAGGAGUACAGUGAUAUCGAGAUCCAGCAAAUGAUGGGCCGGGCCGGUCUACCGAGAGAAGCUCAACUCAAACACCGUCCUGGAGAGUUGUCUGUGAGAGGACUAUCAUGCUCAUGGCAUCGUGCUGAAUUCUACAGACACCAAAACUUGACAGAGCAUAUAAACAGUGAAAUAGGCCUCGGUACCAUCACCGACCUGAAGACUGCACAAGACUGGUUGAAGAGUUCCUUUCUGUUCAUACGUAUUCAACAGAAUCCAAGGCAUUAUGCGAUACCGGGUUUGAAAGAUAAGGACAGUCGAACAUCCUGGGAAGAAUGGCUAGAUCAUUAUGUUGAAAGCGCUUUGAAGGCUCUGGAGGAAUAUGAUUUUGUGACCCACGAAGAUGGCGACGAUGAUGCCGACUACCAUCGCCCGGGGCUGUCUCUCACUGCAAUCGGCAGGAUCCUGAGCGAGAAUUUCAUAGCAUUCGAAACCAUGGUCCUCAUCAUUGGCAUGAAGCCUCGUGCAACUCUGAGGGAAUUAUUAGAGAUUCUGUCCAGCGCCAAAGAGUAUGAGGAUCUUCGCAUUCGGCCAGGAGAAGGUCAGGCUCUUAACAAGCUCCGAACAAAUGUCGAGCUUCGUUUCACGCUUGACGAGCCGGUGAAGUCAUAUGCGGACAAAGUGUUCCUAUACUUUCAAGUCUGCUUCUCCAAUAUCGACUUAGAAAACGAGUCCGGUAGUGGGAACGCAUCGCCUCACAAGAAUCUCAUGGCCAUCUUCCAACAUGCAACCCGUAUCACAAGAGCGAUCGUGUCUGUCGCCAAAGAGAAGCACUAUGGUGGAGCCUGUCGUUCAGCUCUGCAGUUAUUACACGCUGUUGCUGGGAAAGCAUGGGAGAAUGAAGCUUCCAUGUUCCGACAGAUUGAGAGCAUUGGUCCAAAAUCAAUCAAAGUGCUGAGGAGUAAAGGUAUCAAUAAUUUUGAUGCUCUCAUUGCGGUCAACGUAUCCGAAUUGGCCCACUUCCUCAAUAGAGAUUUUCAAUUUGCCAACGCGGUGCAUGUCGAUGCCGAGUGCAUGCCUCGCUAUACGGCCGAGAUUUCAACCGCCGAGGUCAGUACCGAAGGGAAGUACCCAAUUGUCACGUUUCGGGUCAAGAUCCUUCAAACUUCGAAAACUCCCAGCAACAAUGCCGCUCGAGGUAAUGGGAGACGACGUUACCGGCCCCCACCGAGACACAACCUUUCCAUACUGUUUCUACGUUCGGAUGACAUGUGGAUAGACCUCCGAAAGGCUCUAACGUCCAAGCUUAACGAUCAACAUAGGAUUUUCACUAUACAAGCUACGCUUGAACGUCCGGAUCAUAAAAUCAUCGCCUAUAUCGGAGUGGACGAAGUGGCAGGUUGUGCCACCCGAGUGGAAUACGACCCGAAGCUUGACGCGGAUCUUUUCCCAGAAAUCGAGACGGAAGAGGAGAGUGAAGAUGAGGACUCUGACAAUAAUCAUCAAAGCAUCGGAGGCAGCGGUGAACGAAAGGCGACACAGGCUGUGAGCCAGAUGCCGUGUCACCAUCGUUGUCGGAAUCGCAAGGUCUGUGCACAUGCAUGUUGCAAGCAAGGCGUGUCUCAGCUGCAAACGGAUACAAAACGAGGAGCCCGACGAGGUCCACCACCCGACACCGAGCGAUCUCCACACCUAUCUACACAGGAAAUGCAUGCUGCUCCUUUGACCAACAAAUCAGCUAGUCCACUUGUACCCCCGACCGAUACACACGACUCGACCGUGUACACGAAUACGACCGCGUCUGGGCUUUCAAAGACAAAAACGAAACAGAAACAAUCCCAGGGGAAUGCGACGAUUGCUACUCAACAGAACGGCACGAAGAGACGAAAAGCUUCGACAGCUGGUCAAGAACCGACUGAAGCGCCGCAGGGGUCCUCAAAGAAGCCCCAGAGACAUGUCGUCAGUGCCGAUGCUGCUCAUCGGUUCAUUCUGAACCCCACAUCAUCACCUUUCUCAGAAACAGAGGAAGAAAUGAUUUCAGAGGUCGAACUCGCCGACCUUUCCACUAAGAAGACCAGUCGCCAGAAUGGAUGUGUUCAACCCGGUCCGGUCAAGCGGCGUCGUCUCGUAACGGUCAAUAGUGACACGCGUGGUAGAGUGACCCCUCAGUCUAUCCCCCAUCCGCAGGUUACGAAGGAGCGACAGGACUUGUCGACCUCCGCGCAAGCAUAUGGGGCAAUCAAUGCUCAGAUGACCGACUCGGCUACAUUGCAGAAAACCCAACUGACAUCGGCAUCGCCACCUAUAUCACCAUCGUUGUCACCCAUACUCAACAUGUCUUUGUUCGAACCUCUCCCGCCGCCCAUUCCCCUCUUUCCUCGAGUCUCGUCCGCUGCUCCACCGAGCGUCCCUCAAGAACCUAUCAGAUGGUGGGAAGCAGAUGACGAAGAUGAUCUCGAUCAUCUCGGAUCUUUCGCCGUAACUUCGGAGAAACGAAAUGACAAAGGAUCAUAUCCCUCUGUCACAUCUCAACCUCCCAGUCACCCCGGCGAGCGAUACGAUCGACAUGCCAGCGGAUACCAUCUGAACUAUCGCAAUACCCCCCUUUCGACUUCGAUGGGAGCCGCGAUCGAUGUCAAAGGAACUUGUGAGAAUCCGGUCGGAAGCUUUGGUGAUAAUCAGGGGCAAGGACAUGUCUAUCCGGUCUUUGAAGAUUGUUCGCCCUCCCCUUGUAUUGCUCCUCGAUCGGACACAUGGUCGAAGGAUGCCCCAGGCGGCAUGGGAUGGGGGGAAGCUGAUGAAUUAGCCUCCGAGCAGGUGCAGGUGAACGGGAAAGGGGGUGAAGAGAGGGAUGAAGUGGAAGAAGCGUUUGAACGGUUCAUGAGUUGGUAG